AUGAUUAUAUAGAUUUAGUAUAUGGACCAGCUUUAUCUGAGAAUAUAGAUGAAACUAAUGAAACUGAUGAAGCAGAAGAAACUGAUAGUAGUACUAAUAGCAAUAUUGAGGAUUCAGAAGCUAGUUCUGACAAUUACUGUGAUUCAAAAAAUAUUUGUCAUAAAAUUCGUAAAAACAAAAGCCAAGACAAAGUUAAAGCUGCAAUUUAUCUUUCUCUUGAUGAGUGGUGGGACAUUCCAGAGGAAAUAGCCGUUUUGGCCAUGAUUUUAGAUCCUCGUCUUAAAGGUCUUCGAUUUGUUGAUCAAGAUGAACGUAUUAGUAUUCAAGAAAAACUUAAAAAAAAAUAUCAAGAUUUAAUAAAUAAUCAAGAUAAUAUUUUAUCAGCACCACAAAACAUAUUUGUUAAUCAAAAUAAUGAUACAAAUGCUGAUAUUAUGUUUGACA